AUGUACCCUGUCGCAUUUGUUAUGGUUGAAGUAGAAAAUACUGAGACUUGGACAUGGUUUAUGGAGAUUUUCUUUGCUGAUGUUGGGUGUGAAAAUGGUAAUAGUUGGGUGUUCAUGUCAGAUAAGCAAAAGGGUUUGGGGCAAGCCAUUAGGGAUUUGAUGCCUACUACUGAACAGAGGCAUUUUGUUAGGCACCUCCACAAUAAUUUCAAGAUUGUUGGUCACAAUGGACUAGCAUUGAAGCAAAAAUUGUGGGUAGCAGCUAGAUCAACUACAAUACCCACAUUUGAAGCUGAAAUUGAGAUUACAGAUGGCUUCAAGAAAGGCCAGCAAAUCAUUGGAAGAAUUCGAAGUUAUUUGAUGCUAAGAAUGGAUAGACUUAGAGAAACUGUUUGGACACAUGAUGUUGGUCCUAGGAUUUCUGGAAUUGUUGAGAAGCUAACAACUGAGAGUGCUCAAUGCAUAGCAUCAUAUGCUGAAGGAGGGAAAUAUCAAGUUAAUAACAUCCAUGGUGGGAUGUAUGUAGUGGAUUUGGAGAGGCACACGUGCACUUGCAGAAGUGGAACUUAUGUGGAAUCCCUUGUUCACAUUCUAUGGCUAUAA